AUGAGUUAUUCAUAUCGACAAGGCGCAAGCGCGGACGCUUACCGACCUCAUCGCGGUUCCUUUUCCAAGUCCCCGGGUACCCUGGACCGGGUGCAGUCGCUUUUGCCGACCGGGGCAAGCCGUCAGAUCGCUGACCUUCAGACUCGCGGUGCGUCGUUGGUAUCGGGCGGCGCGGAGGGCUCUAGGGCUAGGACGGAGCUGGGUGCGCAGGCGUGGAGGACAAUCAAGUCCAUCUUCACCGUCGCUAAUGCUCUGAUUCUCCUGUGGUUCUGGACCCUGUGGUGGGGGGAGCGGACUGUCUUUCGGGAGAGUCUGGAGACUUGCGCGUGGGGAAAUUGGGAACACUGGCCUCGAGAUGCCACGCCUCACCAUGUUGCCUUCAUCGCCGAUCCUCAGCUCGUCGACCCUCAUACGUAUCCUGGCCGACCAUGGCCCCUUUCUACCCUGACCGUGCGGUUCACCGAUCAGUACCUCCGUCGGUCGUUCUGGUCUAUUCAAAACAAACUCGGUCCCGAUUCGGUGCUGUUUCUGGGUGACUUGUUCGAUGGAGGCCGAGAGUGGGCAACGGCUCACAGCUCCAGUCCCGAGGAGCGGUAUAAGAAAUACAAGGACUCGUUCUGGAAGGAGGAGUACCAUCGUUUCGUUAAGAUCUUUCUGGAUCAGUGGAAUGAAGGCGAUCGGUUCACGACCAAUACCCGUGGCCGCAGACUGAUUGCCAGUCUGCCGGGAAAUCACGAUCUUGGGUUCGGGUCCGGGGUUCAGGUGCCAGUCCGCGAUCGAUUCCAGAUGUUCUUUGGAAAAGGUAAUCGUGUGGAUGUCAUCGGAAACCACACUUUCGUUUCGAUGGAUACAGUCUCCCUCAGCGCCAUGGACCAACCCGAUCCUGAGACCGGCAGCUCAGGUGCUGGCUCCGGGGAUGGGCACCGACCGAACGAGCAGAUCUGGAAAGAAGCGGAGGACUUCCUCAACAACAUGGGCGUGCAUCGGGCCAAGGCGGAGAUGGAGGAACUACGCAUGUUGAGCAAUCAAAGCGAGGGGCAUCUCUUCACCCACAAAGCCAUUGAGAUCUCCGAGCCCUCGAUCGCGCAUCGACCUCAGCCCGAGGUUGUCGGCCUUCCUGCUGUUCUCCUCACCCAUGUUCCCUUAUAUCGUCCACCAGCGACGCCUUGCGGGCCAUUGAGAGAACACUGGCCUCCUUCCCCUGGGGAACCGGAGCAUGACGAGCGCAAUGCCCUCACCAUCGCCGGAGGCUACCAGUACCAAAACGUUCUGACUCAGACCAUCUCCAAAGAUAUUAUCAGCAAGGUCGGGCCAAACCUCAUCCAGGUUUACUCGGGAGACGAUCACGACUACUGCGAAGUCUCCCACCGCGAAUUCAGCGGGUCGCCCAACGAGAUUACUGUGAAGAGUCUAUCGUGGGCCAUGGGAGUCCGCCGCCCGGGUUUUGUGCUCACCAGCUUAUGGAAUCCCAUCGACCCAGCCACGGGGAAACCCACGGCAGAAGGAAACAGCCCGACUACGCUGCAAAACCACCUAUGUCUUCUCCCCGACCAGCUCUCCAUCUUCAUCCACUACGGCCUUAUUGCCGGCCUGUCACUAGCCGUGCUGUUCGCCCGCGCCAUUGUGCACACGUUGUAUCCCCCUCAACCUACCUCCUCUACCCCAAUCCUUCCUCUCUCCGAAACCCGUCCUCCCUCUCAAUAUGAAUUCUCCCAAGUACCUGCCUCAGGUACGUCCAGCUCCAAGUUUCCGUCCCCGGGUGGCCUGGCCAGCCGAGCGACGAACUACCCGCCUCGAUACAAACCAUCCCAGUCGUAUCCUGAUACUUACACGCGUGUAGAUAUCGACGAGGACAAGAUGGACCGCACGAAGUGGAAACCGAGCCACGUCGAGACCCGACGGCGAUCGGGAAGCCGGCUGCGGUUGAUCGGGUGCGAGUUCUUCGACUCGGCCCGCCACGUCGCUACGGUUGUGUUUGUGUGGUACUUUUUCCUCAUCUGGCGCUGGUGA